AUGUUACAGGCAGCUGUGACGGUGGAGGAGGAGGAGGACUCCGAGGAUUGUCACGAGUUGGUUCCCAUUGACACCAAGCAAAGAGCGGAGGAGGACAGGCCUGGCCUGGGCGUCAAGAUCCCAGUCACAAUUAUCAUGGGGUACUUAGGCACUGGAAAGACAGCCCUUCUGAACUACAUUUUGACCGAGCAACAUAGUAAAAGAAUAGCAGUUAUUUUAAAUGAAUUUGGAGAAGGAAGUGCAGUAGAGAAGUCCUUAGCUGUCAGCCAAGGUGGAGAGCUCUAUGAAGAGUGGUUGGAACUUCGAAAUGGUUGCCUGUGCUGUUCAGUGAAGUGCAAUGGCCUGAAAGCUAUUGAGAAUUUGAUGCAGAAAAAGGGGAAAUUUGAUUACAUACUGCUAGAGACCACUGGAUUAGCAGAUCCUGGGAGUGAUAUUUAUCUUGAUGGUAUUGUAACUGUUGUAGAUUCAAAUUAUGGAGUAAAACAUUUAACAGAAGAAAAACCUGGUGGCCUUAUCAAUGAAGCUACUAGGCAAGUUGCAUUGGCAGAUAUCAUUCUCAUCAACAAAACAGACUUGAUUUCAGAAGAGGAAUUAAACAAAUUAAGGACAACUGUUAGAUCAAUAAAUGGACUGGGGAAAAUAUUACAAACACAAAGAUCAAAACUUCAGCAUGUUCCAGCAGCGCCUCACCUUGAUCAGAGUAUUGUUACAAUCACCUUUGAAGUCCCAGGAAAUGCAAAGGAAGAGAGUUUAAAUGUAUUCAUUCAGAAUCUCCUGUGGGAAAAGAAUGUGAGGAACCAGGACGAGCACUGCAUGGAGGUCAUAUGGCUGAAGGGCCUGGUGUCCCUCCACGACAAACCACAGCAAGUGAUUGUGCAAGGUGUCCGUGAGCUCUACGACCUGGAAGAGACUUCAGUGAGCUGGAAAGAUGACACUAAGAGAACAAAUCGAUUGGUUCUUAUUGGCAGGAAUUUAAAUAAAGAUAUCCUUAAACAACUAUUUAUAGCUACUUCGACAGAAAUCAAAAAAUUGUGGACAGCAUAUUUCACAAAAGAUCAGACAUGCCUGUAG